ACAGGCUCAGGUUACAGGAGCUGGACUUCAUGUUGUGUUGCUCGGCCGUUGCUGGGCGACCUCAGUAACAAAAUGACAGAGUUGCACCAAGCUGCCGCAGCCGGAGACUUUGAGCGAGUGGAGGAUAUUCUGAGGCAGAACAAAUGCAGCCCCGACCAAAGGGACAUCGACUGGAGCCACAAGACCCCUCUUCACUGGGCAGCAGCCAAAGGACACACAGAAACAGUCAGGAUCCUCAUUGAGCACGGAGCAAGGCCCAGUCUGAGGACGGAGCACGGAUGGACUCCUGCUCACUUUGCUGCAGAGUCCGGGCGACUGGCUGCUCUGCGGUUGCUGCACUCCUUUCACGCUCCCAUAGACAAGGAGGACUGCUGCGGAGACAAACCAGUGCGGAUAGCCGGAAUAUAUGGACACCAGGACUGCGUUCGAUUCCUUAAAAAGGCAGAGAUCGAGUGCCAGGCCUACCGCAAGAUGGCAGCCCAGAAAGGGAUUUCACUGGAUGACACAGAUGAGGAGUGGGCAGAUCAUGGCAAAGAAAAUUAAGCCAGAUCUCUAACAGAAACAUUCGGAUGUAGGCCCAACUCACCAUCACGCAACAACGCAAUGUAAACAUGAGUUUCAUCCUUGUAGCCUUUCAGUUCACAGUUUUGCUGUGACUUCCCAGUGCAGUGAAAAAUAUUUAACAUACAGUAUUAUCAUAUAAUACAGCUUUGGAACUAAAGUUGAACAUCCAAACAAUUGCAUCAUGAUGCAUGUAGCUUGUUUCG